AUGUUAAAUAAAAUUAAUAUAUCAAACGAUCAUAUCAAUAUAUUAAAUGGAUUAGCAGAUAUAAAUACACCACCAAGUCAUACAAUUUUUACAAUACCAACUAAUAAAAGAGGAAUAUCUAAUUCACAGCUUUCAUCACAAUUAUCUCAACAAAUGCCUUUGAAAAUACCUUCUCAAAUAAAUGAGACUAAAAAUGCAAAUGGUGAAAUUUUAGCAUGUUUAUCAAAAUUUCAAAAUCAAGCUAUUCAAGUUACACAGAUAUAUAAAUUAACUGAUAAGCAACUUGAAUUAGUAGGAAUUACAAAAGCAGGAUAG